AUGUCGGCCCUUACCACUGAUCUGAGCUCCCAACUUGCUCUUGUCACCGGCGCAAGCGGUGGUAUUGGCAAAGCAACAUGUCUGGCUCUUGCCGACAUGGGCUGCUCCAUUGCCGUCCACUAUCACACCAACUCUGACGCUGCCAACGCUCUCGUUGAUCAGCUAAAGGCCAAAGGCGUCAACGUCCAAGCGCUUCAAGCAGACCUGAGCAUUUAUGAUGAAGCUCGAAAACUCUAUUCCUCCGUAUCCUCAUCUCUCGGCUCCCCUAAGAUUCUCUUCAACAACGCCGGCAGCGCACUGUCAAAGCCCGGCCUGCGUUCUGCUUCCGACAUCUCCAUCGAGGACUUUGAACUGACCUGGCGCUCCAACUGCGGCUCCGCCUUCCUCCUCACACAACUCUGCCUUCCUGAUAUGGAGAAGGCUGGCUGGGGACGUGUCAUCUUCUGCUCCAGCGUUGCCGGCCUCAACGGAGGGGUGCUCGGGCCACACUAUGCCUCUUCGAAAUCAGCGCUACAUGGGUUGGUCCACUGGCUUGCCGGAGCUUACGCUGCGAAGGGCAUCACAGUCAAUGGUGUCGCGCCCGCACUUAUCCAGGCUGCCGCCAUGCUUCCUGCAUCUAAUGAACAACUGGCAAAGAGACUCCCUGUCGGACGCCUCGGUCGUCCUGAAGAGAUCGCGGAGACGGUGUUGUGGAUGGUCAAGACAGGUUACGUGACCAGCAAAAUCGUCACUGUGGAUGGCGGGUUGCUCGCAAUCUGA